CUAUAUUAUUACCUAACAAGGUUUGACGUAAUACACCGCUACUACAAGUCUUCUUCACGAAUUUAUUAUGACUAAAAUUUUUUGAUUAUAAAACAUCCCAAUUAUGGAGCCAAUCGAUGAGUGAGUGAUUUGGUCUUCUUGCCGCGCUUCCACGGUCGUAAUCUCCGGUAGAGAGAAAGAACCGAAAUUGCCAUUUCCUUCUAUCCGCAAGAUUCAUAACUGUGUAGCGUAGAAUUCAUCUAAUUUAAAGUUUUCGAAUUGGAGCUGCAAAAAAAAGGGAUUUUCACAGGGGCUUUUUCAAUUUCUGAAACACUUUUUAUUCAUUAAUUCACGAGUUCAUUUCAUUACAUGAUGGUACAUAUGGAUGUUUCUUGGUUAAGAGUUCUUCUAGAUAACAUCUCCUCUUAUCUAAGUUUAUCAUCAAUGGAAGGCUUACUACAUUCAAACCCAGCUUAUGAGUACUACACCAGGGGAGAAGAUAUAUCUAAGCUUCUCAUGCCUGUUCUUGACAACCUCAUUGACUCUGAUGCGGCUCCUAGCGAGUUGCUUAACAACGGGUUUGAAGAGUUAUCUCAAUACGUUGAUGAGCUUAGAGACCAGUUUCAGAGUUGGCAACCUCUUUCUACUAGAAUUUUUUAUGUUCUUCGUAUUGAAUCACUAGCAUCAAAGUUAAGAGAAUCCAGUUUGGAAGUCUUUCAACUUCUGAAACACUGCGAACAACAUUUACCUGCUGACUUGCUUUCACCAUCUUUUGAGGAGUGCAUCGAAUUGGUGAAGUUAGUGGCAAGAGAGGAAAUUUCGUAUACUAUUGAUCAAGCUCUCAAAGAUCAAAAGAAAGGUGUUGGACCUACUUUGGAGGUUAUGCUGAAAAUUGCUAAGUGUGUUGGUUUAAGAUCCAACCAGGAGAUUCUUAUCGAAGGUGUGGUACUUUCAAAUAUCAAGGAGACUGCUGAGAUCACUGACAAUGACACCGAAGCUGAGUAUUUAGACGGAUUGAUCUCCCUAACAACCCGAAUGCAUGAUUACCUUACCGACAUAAAGCAUGCUCAGUUACGUUGUCCUGUACGUGUACCUUCUGACUUCCGUUGCUCUCUAUCUCUUGAGCUUAUGACUGAUCCAGUCAUUGUGGCAUCUGGUCAAACAUACGAACGGGUUUAUAUACAGAAAUGGAUCGAUAUGGGACUCAUGGUUUGUCCAAAGACAAAGCAGGCUUUAUCUCAUACCACUUUGACACCUAACGUCAUUGUCAGGGCUUUUAUUGCCAGUUGGUGUGAAACUCACAAUAUCUAUCCUCCUGAUCCAUUGGAGUUGAUUCAGUCAAGUCAGCCAUUCCCUCUUCUUGUUGAGUCAGGUUCUGGUGAUGACUCGAGUGGUACUGAGCUGGAUGAUUCACAUAAGUCAGAGAAAGCUGCAUCUUUAGAUGAUGAGGAACUGCAUCAGAUCUUCAGUAGGUCUGCUUCUGCGCCAGGCAUUGUCUCUGAUGUGUUUUCCAAAACCAAAAGAAGAACUUAUGCUGCAGAUAGAUCAGGGGCACUGACACGGAGUAAUAUUCCUUGGAAAUUUCCAGAAGAGAGGCAUUGGCGUCAACCUGGAAUCAUCUCCGCAACCAUAAGAGAAACUGGAAGCAGUUCAUGUAUUGAUCCCGAGGUGAAGAAACUCAUUGAGGAUCUCACGAGUUCUUCGUUAGAUACACAGAGAGAGGCCACAGCUCAGAUCAGGAUACUAUCAAGAAACAGUACAGACAAUCGCAUUGUGAUUGCUAGGUGUGGAGCAAUCCCUUCGUUAGUCAGUCUGCUUCACUCCACGGAUGAGGGAAUCCAAACGGACGCAGUGACUUGCUUACUAAACUUAUCCAUCAACAACAACAACAAAUCCCUCAUAGCAGAUAGUGGAGCUAUCGAACCGCUCAUUCACGUUUUGAAAACAGGAUACCUAGAAGAAGCCAAAUCAAACUCAGCAACAACUCUGUUCAGCUUAUCUGUAAUCGAAGAGUACAAGACAGAGAUAGGCAAAGCAGGAGCUAUAGAGCCACUAGUUGAUCUCUUGGCAAACGGAAGUCUCAGUGGCAAGAAAGAUGCAGCCACGGCUUUGUUCAACCUAUCAAUACACCACGAGAACAAAACGAAAGUAAUAGAAGCUGGAGCAGUGAGAUACUUGGUUGAACUGAUGGAUCCUGCAUUUGGAAUGGUGGAGAAAGCUGUGGUUGUGCUGUCGAAUCUCGCCACGGUUAGAGAAGGAAAGAUUGCGAUUGGGGAAGAAGGAGGCAUACCGGUAUUGGUCGAUGUUGUGGAGUUGGGCUCAGCAAGAGGCAAAGAGAAUGCAACCGCAGCACUUUUGCAGCUUUGUACGCAUAGCCCAAAAUUCUGCAACACUGUCAUAAGAGAAGGAGUGAUUCCUCCUCUUGUGGCUCUUACCAAAUCAGGAACAGCUAGAGGCAAAGAGAAGGCACAGAAUCUUCUGAAGUAUUUUAGAGCACAAAAAGCCAAUCAGAGGAGAGACUGAUCUAGGUUUACUGCAGAGGUUGCUCUAACUUAUACACACAUACAUGAAUACAUAUUGGUGCAUUAUUAUCUAGAUACAUAUAGUAUGAAACUGUGAAACUUUUGUCCAUGUCAGUUCCUGUUGUGAACUCUAAAAAUACUCUAUUUGUUUUUUUUCAUAAAAUUUGGUUUAAUUUUGUAAAAAAAAAAAAUAUAUUUAUAUGGUGCUAUUUUACU